AUGCUGCGGCCACCAGAGAUGCCAGCUUUUGUUUCCUCCCUUGAGACGUACGCUCGUGCAGCAUGCGAAACUGCGCAGCAGUCCGUCUGGCCUCCGCCCUCAUUGUCCAGCUUGGACUAUUGCAUGAAUGACGACCAGACCGAGGCAGCGGCGGCGUCGCAUCGUUCAGAGGCAGUGUCAUUGCUCUCUCACGAGUCCGAGAAUGCUCGGCUUUCAGACCGGUCUAUGGUAACAAGCGAGUUCCAACAAAAUGAAUCGCUGGAGGCUGUUCUAGUACCAAACUCGCAGCCAAGCUCGAAUCUGGAGCGCGAGGCUGGAAUCAGCAAUAAUUUCUUGAAAGUUGUUGUGGCCAGCCCUCGUUCGGAUGGUAGUUCAACUGCCGUGGUGCAUGCGGUCAACACUGAGGAUAUCGACGCAGAUGUGAUCCACGCUGAGCAAGCGUUCUUGAGUGCUAAAACGCCGGUUUCGGAUGUUCUCGACCUGGAUUUCGAGAUGGCGCGCAGAUGCCUGGCGGAAGUGCCAGAAAGUCUGUUUCCGCGUCCUGAUAGCUCUGCCGCUUGGCCAUCGUUUGAAAGCAUGCAGGCAGCAGCCUGUUGCCAGGCCGCCCAGGUACAUGCAGACACAUGCACGGCACGUCAGUCGGAUGGGCCGGCUGAUGCAGAAGCCAAAUCCAGUUCCAUGCUCGAGGCGAUGCUGUCUCCCAGGGCCAGCUGGAGAAUAGGCUCAGAACAUUUGUCUACAACAUGCAUGCAACGUGCGGAGGCCCUUGGCAUCUCAGCACUCGAAUACUGCUGGGCAUGUCUUGUGGCGCUCAGCCAGCACCGCCAGCAACUGCCCCUCUGCACGGCGUACUUUGACCGGAGCGAGUCCACGAUUUCGCUGACGUGUCCGCGCACCAUUGCAUCCUUUGUUCGUCGUGUCCUUUUUCAGCACGCGGGUGUUUCCAACCCACAGUGUCCGCUCGUAUGA